AUGGCGGCAAUCGUUUCCCCGGUGACCAAUGGACACAAGUCCGACAAGAAGAGCAAGAAGGACAAGAAGGAGAAGAAGCGCCUGCGCGAGGAGGAGGAUGCCGAGGCCGCCGAGGAGCGCAAGCACAAGCGCACCAAGAGUACAGUCGUGGUCCCCGAUGACGAUGAGUCUCCCUCGGGAUCCCAGGACCUUUCGCUAGCCCCUUCAGCGGCCACCAAUGGCGAGCCGUCGCCUGAGAAAAAGAAGAAGAAGGACAAGAAGCACAAGAAGUCGGUAGGCGAAGCCGAAGAAGAAGGUGCUGCAUCGGACGCCGAGCGCAAGGAGCAGAAAGACAAGAAGGACAAGAAGAAGAAGCGCAAGCCACAAAAGGAGACGGAGGACGACCUCGAGGAGCCCUCGAUCGAAACAACCGCCGCCGCUGCGCCGGCAAGCGAAAAGAAGGAAAAGAAGAGCAAGAAGGCCAAGACGGCGUCUCCCGAACCUGCAGCCGACGACAAAGACGACGCAAUGGACGUCGACUCCCCCGCGAGGACGAAAUCCACGUCCCGAGUCCACCAGCCCCCCGACGCGCCGUCCAAGCCCCAGUUCCCCUUCUUCACCCAGACCGUCUCCCUAUACCUCCCCAUCUACCCCGUCGGCUGGGAUACGCCCUGCACGGCCGCGGCGUCGCAGCACCUCGAGCCCCUCGUGAACCGCUACGUCCCGGAGCUCAAGGGCGUCCUCCUCGCCUUCCGCAAUGUCUCCCUCUCGGAGCAGCCCGGCCGCCGCCACGCCGCCACCAACGACAGCGAGCACUGCGACCUCGUGUCCGUGGACGAGUACGCCGUCGGCUUCGGCUACGUCACGGUCGACGUCGACCUCUUCGUGCCCCGCCGCGGCGCCUGGAUGGAGGGCAGCAUCAACCUCGAGAGCGAGGGCCACAUCGGCGUCGUCUGCUGGGGCAAGUUCAACGCCAGCAUCGAGUCGUCGCGCCUGCCGCCCGAAUGGCGGUGGGUGCAUGCUGGCUCCGCCGAGGCGGCGUCCUACGUCGCCGACCCCUUUGACGGCGACGACGCCGCCGCUGCCGAGGCCGAGGCCGAGGAUGAGCAUGGCGCCGUGCGCCAGAUCCACACCACGGGCUUCUGGGUCGACGGCAACGGCGACAAGGUCAAGGGCCGCGUCCGCUUCCGCGUCAAGGCCUUCGACGUCGGCGUCAGCGGCGACCACGGCUACCUCAGCCUCGAGGGCACGAUGCUCGACGCCGCGGGCGAGAAGGCGGCGACCCAGCGCGACGCCGAGCAGGAGCGCAGGCGCCGGGCCGGUAAGAGUGGCGUUGGCGCCGCCGCAGGCAUCCUUGCAAAGGAGCGGCGCCGCAUGCCCGAGUUCAGCGUGACCAAGUUUGGCGCAGUAGAGGACGAGGAAGAUAAGGCGCUGCGGAAGGAUGUGUGGGACACGACGGAGCCGGCGACGGAGAGCAACGAGGCCGGGGAGAAGGAGGCGUUUGCGGGCAUUUCGACCGAGGAGGCGUAG